AUGGCUUAUAAGUGUCACAUGUGUCUGCUGAGACUGAUCAUUCUCUGUCUGCUACUCACAGGUAGCAGUGGAAUGGAUGACACUCAUGUGUUCUGCAGUUCUGGUAAAAAUGUCCAUCUGCCCUGUAAUAAUGCUGUUUCUGACUGCACAUCAACUGCAUGGAUGUAUACUAGACAUUCAGGGGCAGUUGAACUGAUUGUUGAUGGGAUAAAGAAGGAAAACACAGAGAGACAUGAGAGACUGAGUCUGGGCUCUGACUGCUCUCUGAACAUCAAGAAAGUCACAAAAAAAGAUUAUGGAUUUUACACCUGCCGACAAUAUGUGAAUGGAAAACAACAAGGAACUGAUGCACGUGUUUAUCUGCAUUUCCUUAAUGUCCCUUCUUCAUCCUCACAGACUGAGAUCAGACCAGGAAGCUCUGUGACUCUCUCCUGUCAGUUGUAUAUUUAUGGAAUCACUUGUGAGACUUUGGUCCGUUUUGAAGGAAUUCAACUGAUCUGGGUGAAUCAGACUGGUGUGAAUCUGCAGACAGACUCCAGAUAUCAGAUAUCAUUCUCCUCAACACACUGUAACAGCACUCUGACUACAACACUCCUGAAUGAAGAUCACAACAGAGAGUGGAGAUGUCAGGUUAUUCAGAGAAAUAAAGUGAAGACCUCAGUCAAAUACACUGUCAAGUAUUCAGUCAGCAGCUCAAACUCUGAGAAGAAAUCAAGCAAAACUACAGCAGCAGCUCCUACACAACAAGAUAAAUGGAUCAUUGCCCCAAACACUGAGAUGACUUCAGCAGUUACUACAGAACAAUUGAUUGUGAUUAUUGUUGAGAUUGCAGUGUUUGCUGUUCCUACUGUGAUUCUUCUUCAGAUCAUCUGUGCAAGAAGAGCUGGAAGGAAGAACUCUCAUCACCAAGAAGAAAUAAAGAUCCCUACAGUAUUACAGAGAGACACCCUCUAUAAAUAA